UACAGCAUUGAGUACAACUGCCAGAUAUAUUUGUAGUGAGUUUUUGCGGUUAUGUUUAUGUAAUUAAAUUUUCAAAAAUAAUUUCAGUUUCUUAAAAUGAAAACACUAUUCAGGAAAAAAGUUAUUCAGAAAAUCUGUUCCACUUAUUAUUCUUCUUCAAAAGUAGCCGAAGUAAAUACUCCCUAUCCAAAAAGGAUAUUUUCGGGGAUCCAACCAACCGGUGCUAUACAUUUAGGAAAUUAUUUAGGUGCAAUUUCACAAUGGGUCAAAAUGCAAGAUCAAAAUGAAGAUGUGAUAAUUAGUAUUGCCGAUUUACAUUCUAUAACACUACCACAUGAUCCUAAACAGUUAUCUAGAAAUAUUCAAGAAAUAGCUGCUACUUUAUUAGCUUGUGGAAUAGAUUCUCAAAAAACUAUUUUAUUCCAACAGUCUGCUGUUUCUGCACAUACUCAAUUAUCAUGGUGCCUAAGUUGCAUUUGUACAAUGCCGAGGUUAGCACAUUUACCACAGUACAAAGAAAAAUCAAAAGAUUUGAAAGAUAUUCCUUUGGGUUUGUUCGUUUAUCCUGUAUUGCAAGCAGCUGAUAUUUUAGCUUAUAAGGCUACUCAUGUACCUGUAGGUGAGGAUCAGAUCCAACAGAUUCAGUUGUGUCAAGAAUUGGCUAGGAUGUUUAAUAAAAGGUUUGGAGAAACUUUUCCUGUUCCUCAUGCUGUUUCAACAGGUGUUGAAUUUGCUAGGUUAAGGAGUUUGAGAGACCCAAUGAAAAAGAUGUCCAAAUCCGAUCCAGAUGCUAAAAGUAGGAUAUGCUUGACCGAUAAGCCUGACGAUAUUGUUAGAAAUAUUAAAAAAGCAGUCACUGAUUUCACUUCAGAACUAACUUAUGAUCCUGAAGCAAGACCAGGUGUCUCUAAUUUAAUAAAUAUUCAUUCUUUUGUAACAAAUGAAUCAGUUGAAGAAAUAUGUAGGCAAGCAGAAAAUUUAAAUACAGGACAAUACAAACUUGUAGUAGCAGAUGCAGUUAUUGAAUAUCUAAAGCCCAUACAGGACAAAAUAUCAAAAUAUUUAUCAGAUUCAGAUCUUUUGAUGGGAAUUUUAGAGGAAGGUCGACAAAAAGCCAAUGAAAUAGCAUCCAAAAAUUGGAUAGAAGUUCAAAAUAAAUUAGGUCUUAAGUUUGAAAUUAAAAUAGACAAAAAAGUGAAAAUAUCAUCAUAAAAAUUGUUAAUAGAUAAUAAAUAUGUGUAAUCCAUG